CAAUGUCGGUGGAAGGCAAGGAGAACCAGAGCAAUGCUUUAUCGCUGCGAGCGGAGCUCAAAGAGUGGGAGAACACGUUCAAGCAGGCCCAUGGGCGUAAAGCGGGACGCGACGACAUCAAAAAGAACGCGGACAUUAGUGCAAAGUACAAGCUGUACAACGACUUGACGAGAGCGCCGAAGAAGCAGGCAGCGCUCACCACGACACCGCGAAAGAACAGUACGCGACCGCCUGCUGCCCCCAUCCAGGAAUUUCAGAGCAAGCAGGCCACUCCACGCCGACGAACACCGCUGCGACACAAGCCUUCACUUCUCCAGCCAUCCGACCUCCUCUCGCCGCUGCCUGAAGUGGAAGAGGAGCCCACGCCGCAAUGGGUCAGAGCGGCACUGGGACCGACCCCACAGCGAGAUGGGCACGUGCUGGGUCUGUUCGACGGCGACGAUGACGAUGAUGGUGUGCAAGAGACGCCGCUCAAGAGUGGGAAGGAUCUUGCUGGAGGACAAUUCAUAGCCGGCACGCCAAGCAAAGGCACUGGCUCUGCGGAGCACGUCCAUAUGAAGUCGCCAGAGUCUUCCAACAGCAAGCGAUUCAUGUUUGCCGCCUUUGUAGGCACCCCAAUGAAGCGGAAGCGGGACAACAACGACAUCGGGACUACGAGCUCUUCGAAGCGAAAAUAUGCGACUCCUUCGUUCUUACGAAGAUGUAAUCCGAUGGCCAGGAUUGACGAAGAUGACGAUACCGUGCAAGAGCCCGUGUCAAGAGCACCCUUCCAGAGGCGAGGUCUAGUAAGGAGCUUGAGUACCAUCAUUCGGAACUUGAAGAAACAGGAAGAAAAGAAGAUGGACGACGAGUGGGAUAUCAUGGACGAGCUUGAGGCCGAAGAACGUGGCGAGACUGUGCAGAAGACGAGGGGCACCCCGGAAGUGCAAGUUGAGGACAGCCAAGCUGUAGAGAUGCCUCUGGGGCCUGACCAGGGUUCCGAAUCGAGUGACGAGAACAGCGCUCCUGAACCGGGAAUGCCCGCACGGAAACCAUGGAAGAAGAAGGGACUCAAGCGGCAAACGAGACGUACCAACAUGCGGCCGGUAUUGCACAAAGCUCGAAAGGAAGGAGAUGAAGUGCCAGCGGAGAGCGAAGACGAGGCGGAGAAAGUCAUCGAGACGCAACUUCAAAACGAGCCAGCCCAAGAUGGUGAUGGUUUGGCUGAGGGUGCAGACGACGGAUCUGAUGCUGAUCAAGAUGUCAAAAAGAGCAGUACGUCGAAAACGAAACUGACCAAGAAGAAAGUUCCAUCCAAGGAAACAGACCAAGGAGAUGGGAAGAAGAAACCUCGAAAGGUCAACGCAGAAGCACAUACAAAUUACAGGCGACUGAACAUCAAAAACAAGAAUUCAAAGGCCAAAGGCAGAGGCCGGUUCGGGAAGAGAUAGAUACCAAGUAAUGUCAUUAUGAACUUGCGAGUUAAGC